UAUCAAUUUAAUAAACACAAAGAUAUUAGAGAGACGAUACGAUCUUCAAUUAUCAAAUUAAUAAAACACAAAAUGAACAAGUUAUUUUUGUGCUUUUUGUUACAAUUAUUCGUGUUAACCGUGGCUCAAAGGACUAUUUUGGACAGUCCAGAUAUACGAUCAAUAGUUCGUUUCGUUCGUAAUUGGAUCUUCCAAACAUUUGGUGAAGAAGAAAGAGUUACAAUACAAUAUACAAAUAAAAUUCAAAAAGAAGUUCCAGCAAACGUUCCAUUUCCUUGCAAUUUGACAGGUACUAGAUCUCCUACUGUUCCUGAUUCAAUUCAUCGUUUGAGACCAGGAGACAUAGAUGUUAUUGCUGCGUUGGGCGAUUCUUUGACGAGCGGAAUGGGAAUUUUUGCAACCAAUUUGCUAGAGCUAUAUAUUGAGAAUAGGGGUGUGAUGGCAAUUAUAGGGGGUGAAAAAAAUUGGCGAAAAUAUUUGACGAUCCCCAAUAUCCUCAAAGAAUUUAAUCCUAACUUAAUGGGCUAUUCACUUGGAGAUUCUCUAACUACUGAUUCAGCUUCGCAAUUAGAUGUAGCCGAGGUUGGUGCGAUGUCCAGAGACAUGCCUUUCAUGGCGAAAUUUCUAGUCAAUAGAAUAAAAAAUGACAAAAGAAUAAAUAUAGAGAAACAUUGGAAGAUGAUUUUUAUUCUCAUUGGAUUCAACGACAUUUGUACGGAUUUGUGUGUACUUCGUUCCCCAUGGUCCACUUUGGAAAAUCAUAAAAAAGAUCUGCUUAAAACUCUCCGAAUAUUAAGAGACAAUUUACCACGUACUUUUAUCGGUCUCAUAAUUCCUACUCACUUAAGGGAAAUUGUUAAUACGCACAAUGCAACAAACUCGUUUAUUUGCUAUGCGACGAGAACCAUAUUUUGUUCAUGUUUGUUCUCUUUGCGAUACAAAAGUCAAAGAGAGGAAUAUUUUAAAAUAAUGGACAGAUGGCAAGAAAUAGACGAAGAAAUUUCUAAAUAUCCGGAAUUUCAUACAAAUGACUUUACCGUAAUAUCUUUACCAGGUAUUAAAAAUGUUAAAUUACCGUUGAAUAAUAAUGGAGUGCCCGAAGUUCACCGAUAUUUUUCUACUGAUUGCUUUCAUAUAAGUCAAUUAGGUAAUGCACAAUCGGCAAAUACUCUAUGGAACAAUCUGUUACAACCAGUUGGUAACAAAACAAACGAUGAAUGGCUUCCACCAUUCGAGAAAUUUUUAUGUCCUACUUUAGAAAGACCAUAUCUUGCGACAUUUGAAAAUUCAUAGAACAAUAAUAUUUAAAUAAAAAAUAAAUCUCAUAAACUGCUAUUAAUUAGAUUACGUUUUAUUUAAUAUUAAUUUAUUCAUCAAAUAUUUAUUUAUUAA